GAAGGAGGAGGAAAAAACGUUUUCCCCGCCCCAUGGGUUGGACGUAGCCAGUGAAGGAGGAACCGUUCGCGAGAGAAAAAGGAAAAAUGGCCGCCUGUCUACAAGAGGAUUACAUGUAUUGAGUAAGAUACUAAGAUACUAACAUUUAUUUGUUAGAUAAUCGAUCUAUUUAUUUAGACUUCUUUUGUGACUACAGAGCAGGAGAGCGAUGCACCGGACUUCUCUCACUUUUCAAAUGCAUGCUUGUGCUUUCAGUGACAGGUGUGUUUACUACUCCGGCGGGAGAAAGGCUGAAACUUUUCUGAAUUGGCGCGCGGAGUAAUGCACCACGAAUGCGGGUGGAAGGCUUCUUAAACAGGGGGUGGUCCACCCCUUAGUCUCGUUUGUUGAGCGCUGGGCGAGUUCAGAUCAGCCUUUCUCAGUCUUGCUGGCUUCUAAGGUUUUGGGAUUUAUGAUUCCCAUCAUAGCAAGUCAGAAAGCUGGUCCAUCUAGCUUAGUGUGACCCACACCGACUGGCAGUGGCUCUCCAGGGUUCCACUCUCCCACUCUCCACGAAAUGAUGAGGACCUUCUUCAGAAAUAAGAUUCCAGAUCUAAAAGGAAUGGUUUGAGUAAGAUGCUGUCAUGUACUGAGUCGGACCAUUACUCCAUCUAGCUCAGUGUUCCCAGGUUGGGUGAGCUAUAGUCCUUUCUUCGAAAAAAUAAUACAGCAGUCCAGUAUUUGUGGCUCUAAAUAAAUAGGAAGCUACCUUAUGCUAAGGUAGUUGGGACUGAUGUGAGUUGUAGACUUAAACUUCUGGAGGGCACCAAGUUGGUUAAGGCUAAUGAAGCAAAAUAGGCUGGAAUGUGACCAGUGGAUAUGUAUUUUGUAAUGCGUGCAUUUUGAGGUGGGUCAUGGAGAUGUGCAGUUGAUGGAGAAACUGUUGGGAUCUGUUGCAAAUUGAGUUGUUUUUUUUUUUUUUUUUGCAGAAGUAAUGACAUCCUUCUGGGCCAUCUAGAGCAGGGGGCACUGUUAUACAGUGGUCCCGCUCCUUCCUCCUGGGCUGUGUCCAGAAAAUGGUGUUGGGGGAUGAAUGUUCAGACCCCUGGGCUCUCACUUGUGGUGUACCUCAGGGCUCUGUCCUCUCUCCCAAGCUUUUCUACAUCUAUAUGAAAUAGCUAGGAGAGAUCAUCAGGAGGUUUUGGCUGGGUGUUCGCCAGUAUGCAGAUGAUACCCACCUCUACCUCUCCUUUAAAUCGGAACCAGUGAAGGCAGUGAGGGUCCUGUGUGAGUGUCUGGAGGGUGGAUGGAGGUUAAUGGAUUGCGGUUGAAUCCCGGCAAGACAGAAGUACUGUUCUUGGGGGGGCAGGGGACACGUGGGUGUAGGGGACCCCCUCCCUUGAAUGGGGUAACUGUGCCCCUGAAGGACCAGGUGCGCAGCCUGGGAGUCAUUUUGGACUCACAGCUGUCUAUGGAGGCACAGGUCAGUUCUGUGUCCAGGACAGCUGUCUACCAGCUCCAUCUGGUAUGCCGGUGGAGACCCUACCUGUUUGCAGAUUGUCUCACUAGAGUGGUCCAUGCUCUGGUUAUCUCCUGCAUGGACUACUGCAAUGCGCUCUACAAGGGACUACCUUUGAAGAUGACUCGAAAACUAUAACUAAUCCAGAAUGUGGCUGCUAGACAGGUGACUAGGAGCAGCCGCCAGGACCAUAUAACACUGGUCUUAAAGAAUCUACAUUGGCUCCCAGUACAUUUCAAAGCACAAUUUAAAGCGUUGAUAUGGACCUUUAAAGCCCUAAACAGCUUUGGCCCUGUAUACCUGAAGGAGUGUCUGCACUACCAUCUUUCAGCCCGGACACUGAGAUCAAGCACUGAGGGCCUUUGGGUGGUUCCCUCACUGUGAGAAGUGAAGUUACAGGGAACCAGGCAGAGAGCCUUCUCAACAGUGGUGCCCACCUUGUGGAGUGCCCUCCCUUCAGAUGUCAAGGAAAUAAACAGCUAUCUAACUUUUAGAAGACAUCUAAAGGCAGUCCUGUUUAGGGAAGUUUUUACUAUUUGAUACUUUAUCAUUUUACUAUUCUGUUGGGAGGCUCCUAGAGUGGCUGGGGCAACCCAGUCAGACGGGCGGCAUCCAAAUAAAAAAUAUAUUAUUAUUAUGUCAACCAUAGUUUAUUUAUUACUCUGUGAAGGAGGGCUGUUUCCCAAACUGUUUUGUACCAAUUGUCUACUGUGCUAGAAAGCUCUUUCCAGUGUCUGGUUAUGUUGCAACUCACUACUUGUAAUGAAUGGCUUAUUCAUUCAAGACUGUUGUCUUGAAAUAUAUGUAAUAAAGCUUUGACUUUCAAUUGUUGUUUAGUUGUAACUCUUUCUGACCUUUCUUGGUGAGCAGCUAAGAUUCUCUCCUUGGCACCACAAUGCCGCAGCAGCGCGCGCUCCCUCAGAGCAAGGAAACCCUCCUUCAGUCUUACAACAAGAGGCUGAAAGAUGACAUCAAGUCUAUCAUGGAUAACUUCACAGAAAUAGUCAAAACUGCAAAGGUACGAGAAGAUUACUUGUGGGUGGGGGGCGGGACCUCAUGACAUGGGUAUUCUUUCUUCCAUCCAAACUCAAAGUUUUUGCUCACCUAAUUGGAACAUAAAAAUAUUACCUCAUCAUUGCUUUAAGUCAAAGCUGGGGGAAAUUCUCACGUUCGAUUUAAAGCCCCAUGAUAUGACUUUAAACAGUCAUAACUUCCCCCAAAUAAUUCUGGGAGCUGUAGAUUGUUAAGGGUGUCAAAAGUUGUUAGGAGAUAUUUAGUCCCCUCCCAGACCUUACACUUCCCAGAGCUCCCUGUAAAGAGGGGUUGAUUGUUGAACCACUCUGAGAAUUGUUGCACAGUAAGGUGAAUAGGGGGUCUCCUAAAAGCUGUCAGUGCCCUUAAGAAACUACAGUUCCCAAAAUCCUUUGGGGGAAGCCAUGACUGUGUAAAGUAGUUUAAUACUGCUUCAAAUUUAUAGAAUAGAAGGGAGGCCUAAAUGAAUAAAUGUUCCUAUAAGAAGGAUUGAAUGAGAAGCCUCCAUUUUACUAGUUGGGGGUGUUGCUUCUUCUAUGGUGGAGUUGGGGAACCAGUGGCUCCUCCUGAUGAUUUUGGACUCCAUCUCCCAUCAGCCCCAGUCAGCAUGGUCAGCAGUCAGGGAUGAUGGGAGUUGUAGUCCAGCAGCAUCUGUUCCCCAUGCCUGCUUUUGCUCAAGUGUUCGGAACCUCUGGCAGAGGGAAUGAAAUAAAAUCUCAUGGAGGAUAGUGAGAGGGCUGUUUUUCUCUGCAGAACAGUGAAAGAAAGAUGUUGAACCCAGUGUAAAAGCUUUAUUUCUAACAUUUGCUGUAGAUUGAGGAAGAAACCCAAGUUUCUCGGGCAACCCAAGGCGAGCAGGACAACUACGAGAUGCAAGUCAGAGCUGCAAAUAUUGUGAGUAAAAAACAUCCAAUAGGAGCAUUUGUUGGGUGGGUUCUAGGGUGCGUUCAGAUACCUGAGAGGCUGCCUUCUUCCCUACAGACCCUCUCAGGUAUUGAGAUCAGCAGAGGGGCUUUUUUGAUUGUUCUGCCACCCUCAGAAGUUCUGGGUGCUGAUAGCUUAGGACAGCUCAUUCCCUGGGGCAGCUCUUCGAUUGUGGAAUUCCCUCCUCACAGAAGUGUGUCUUCUUGUUUUUGUUGAGAUGUGUGUGUUUUAGGAUCCACCCAAUUCCUUUGAAUGUGAUUUGUUUUUAACUGUUCAGUAUAAAAAAAAUGUUUUAAUAUGCCUUGGAACCUGCUGGUGAAGGGUGAGCAAUAAAUUGUUGUUGUUGUUGUUGUUAUACGUUCAGCGUAAUUUGGGGCUGUAUGUCAAGAUUGGAUUACUGAAAUGUGCUGCAUAUGGGCUUCCCUUGUGCUCAUUCCAGAAGCUGCAGUUAGUGCAGAAUGUUGCAGCAUAUAACACCCAAGCUAAGAGACCUGCAAGGGUUGCUCAUUUGCUACUGGGCCAUGUUCAUGGUGUUAUUAUUAGUAUAUAUAGCCUUCAACAGCUUGGGACCAGUUUACCUGCAAGAUAGUCUUACCAAAUACAUGCCCAGUGGUCUGUUUUGAUCUUUUGAGCAGGCACUGUUACAAAUGCCCCGUAAUACUUGUUCUGGACUUGUAAGAAAUUAAUAUUUUAGGGUGGCAGCACUGAUGCUUUGGAACUCCCUGUCCAUUGACAUCAGGCAGGUGCCCUCACUGUACUCCAAGGUAUCUGCCAAAAACAUUUUUGUUUAGGUAAGCCUGUCCAGACAUGUAGAAGACAGACACAUCUUAAUUUGGUUUUCAGCUUGUCAUUGACUUUAAUUAUUCAUUGAAUGUUUUAAAUCAGGGGUCAGCAACCUUUUUCAGCCAUGGGCCAGUCCACUGUCCCUCAGAUCGUGUGGUGGGCUGGACUAUAUUUUUUUGGGGGAAAUGAACGAAUUCCUAUGCCCCACAAAUAACCCAGAGAUGGAUUUUAAAUAAAAGCACACAUUCUACUCAUGUAAAAACACGCUGAUUCCCAGACCGUCCGCUGGCCGUAUUUAGAAGUCGAUUGGGCCGCAUCCAGCCCACAGGUCUUAGGUUGCCUACCCCUGUUUUAAAUAGUAGUGUGGUAUUUUUCUUUUUUCUUAUGAUUUCAUUGUUUUAUUCUUUUUGUAAACUGCUUUGACACUUUUUCUUUUUACGAUCUAGUGGUGAAUAAAUAGUAUAAAAUAAAUAAUUUAAAUUUAUUUCUCUGCUAGGUUCGGGCUGGUGAGUCUCUUAUGAAGCUUGUCUCUGACCUAAAACAGUUCCUGAUCCUCAAUGACUUCCCUUCUGUCAACGAAGCCAUCAACCAGCGGAACCAGCAGUUGCGCAGCCUUCAGGAGGAAUGCGACAAGAAGCUUAUUGCCCUGCGUGAUGAGAUCUCGAUAGACCUCUAUGAGCUGGAGGAAGAAUAUUACUCUUCCAGGUACAAAUGAAGCCAUGGACGGUUGCCCUAUAGUAACCACAACAAUUUCCUGUUUCUGACAUGGGGUGGGGGUAGGGUGGGGCGGGGUGUGUGUGAAAAUAACAACUGUCCUUGUUUUAAAAAGCAUCCCUAAAUUCCCAGCACCCAAAGAAUCCAGGCCCCAAAGCCAUUUUAUUGAGUACUUCAUGUUUGACGUGAGAUGUGGCCAUUUUGGAGGGCAAGCACACCGUGUAACUAGGCCUUCCUCCACAGAGAUGUGGAGGUGAGCUUCUCUCCUGCCCCCUCAUCAGCAUUGUGAUCUUGUCACCUAAAUGACUUGCAAACAGGAACAGGUAUUGGAUCUUGAACUGCCCAGCGUACCCUAAUCACUAGUCAGUGUAAACUGCAAUCCUAACCAUGUCUACUCAGAAGUAAGUCCUCUUGAAUUCAGUGGGGUUUGUUCCUAUCUAAGUGGGAUUAAACUGUUUUGAAGCUUUUUUUACAAUCAAGUGGUGUAUAAAUUUUAUGAAAUUAAAAAUAAAUGAAGAUGGCAGCUUUAGGCCACAUUCAUACAAUACAUUUAAAGCCCUAUGAUGCCAUGCUAAACAUUUAUGGAUUCCGCCAAAUAAUUAGGGGAGCUGUAGUUUUCGAAUGGUGCAGAGAUUACAGGGUUACAAUUAAUUCCCAGAGUUCCCUGUGAAGAGGGACUGAUUGUUAAGCCACUCUGGGAAUUGUAGGUCUGUGAAGCGAACAAGGGCCUCCGAAUACUACUUAGCACUCUUAACUACAGCUCCCAAAAUUCUUCAGGAGAAGCCAUGAUUGUUUAAAGUGGUAUCGAAUGCAUGGCACGAGCAUGGGGUAGUCAAACAACAACAUCCGAAGGGCUGCAGUUGAGAAGAUAUGGAACUUUUGGGUUUAGGAUGCAAUCAUACGCACCCUUAGCUGAAAGGGACCACAAUUGAAUAGAGUGGGGCUUGCUUCUGAGUAAAGAUACGUAGGAUUGGACAUAAUAAGCAUUUUUUCUUCUGUCUGUGAUGACUGGACCAUGCGUUUCCAGUUCCAGAAUGUUAAGAUGCAUCAAAACAAAGCAAUAUUUUAAGGAUUCUUUUGUUAUGCCAUUAUAUUAUCAUUAUAUUAUUAUUAUUAUUAUAUUAUUAUUAUUAUUAUACACACACAUAUAUCCCAUUAAAAAUAUUUGCUGCAAGCUUUAUUGUAAAUAAAACAGCAGUGUGUGUGGGGAAAUAUAAUUGUCAUUUCAGCUGAUAACUACAUUAUUUUUUUAAGCGAACCCACAGCUUGUUUUUGAAAACCUCCUUCCCCCUGCUUGUCUUAUGCAAAGCUUGUUCCUCUCCUUCCAAAACUCUUCCACUUUAUUUUCUUUUGCACCUCUUGUUUGCUUCAGAGCAGGAUUUCCACAAGCAAGAAGGACCAAGAUAAAUGGUUACACACUUGCAGCAUCUUUAAAAAAAAAAAAAAUAUGGGGGGAGUAUAGUUCAGUGGCGGAGCAUCUUCUUUGCAUGCAGAAGGCCUCAGGUUCAGUCCCCAACAUCUCUAGGCAGGGCUAUCAGAGACUCCCUAUCUAAAAUGCUGUACACAAUACUGGGAUCAAUGAACUCGGGAUGAGGUAGCUUCCUAUGUUGCCGUUCAGUAUCAUGAGGACAGAAGUGUUGCUUUAUUUUUAGGUGAAGAACAAUAGCUCAGUGGCAGAGCACAUCUUUUGUAUGAGGAUGGUUCUGGGUUCAAUCCCUGGUAUUUCCAGUCAGGGCUGGGAAAGACUCCCUUUCCAAAACCUUGGAGGGGAUGCGGUAUAACCUGAAUACUAGCUGUUGUUAACAGUAAGGAGAGUGCUAUUGCACUUGCUUUCUGCUUUUGGGCUUCCCAUAACUAGCAUCUGAUUGGCCACUGGAUGCUGGACUAAAUGAGCCUUUGGCCUGAUCUUGGAGGGCUCUUACGUUCUUAACCUUAGUUGUUGCUUCUUUUUUUCCCUUUUUUUGCUAUUUUCUUAACACUGUUGCCUCUGUCUUGCUUUUCUCCUUUUCUCUCCCUCCUGUAUCUCUCUCUCUCUCUCUCUCUCUCUCUCCCCCUCUUGUGGCUUUCCACUGUCCUUUUCUCCUUAACGGGCAUCUCAUUCGGGGAAAGCUACAGUCUGUGUGACACCAACGACCUCCCGCUGUGUGAAGCUUAUUGGAGACAGGAGCUGACCAUGUCCUCCCCAGAAGGCCUAGCCAUGCCUCUGGCGGCUGCCAUGAUGGAGGAGAACAUUCCGGCCCCUCAGGGGUCCACUCCUUCUCACCCUCACAUCAACGGGCAUGGAGCAGGCCCGACGGAGCACGCCUGAAAAGGGAACCUGCGAUUCUCCCCAGCUUUGUUGCGUUUUGACAGUUGAACGUUCUGGUGGUUGUAUCAAGACAACAUUUUCCUGCCCUCCCCAGGCCUUCUUCUCUGGCAGCAGGCCUCAGCUGUAUUUGCAAAUCAGGAGAAGAUUUGUCAGUUUAAGGAUGUGUGUCGGGUGGCUGUUUAAAGGCAGAAGAGAAGUGCCAGUUGAAAAAGAGACCUUAGUUGUAUAUUCAACAUUAGUCUUCUGAUGCCAGUUCACUUGAACACUUGAUUGUAACAUGUUUGUGGCGUUUUUAAAAGUAGGAUUUUGUGGGGGGUGUUUAAUUAAAAAAAAAUGUAUAUUUCUCUAAUUGUUAACAAAUUGUUUGAAUAAAGUCAAUUUUUAUACAAAGGUUUGGAAAGAGAUUAAGAAAGUUUUGGAGCUGGGGGGGGGGGGAAAGAAUGAAGCUUUCCCUAAUGGGUAGAAUUUCAGCCAUCAAAAUGAAUGUAUUACCUAAAAUGUUUUUAUUCCAGUCUGUCCUGAUCGUCAACAGUUUGUGCUGCUUCAGAGAUAUUUCUAGAUAUAUCUGGCGGGGGAAGAAACCAAGAAUUAAGUAUAAAACUCUGAUAGAUAAUAAAUAAAGAGGAGGCUUUACCCACCUUUGCCCUUUACAGUUAUACUAUGAGGCAGCAUGUCUUUGCUGGCUAAAGGAAUGGAUUGGUUUGAAAAAACGCUUAUCCAUUAGAUCUGAAAGGUCAAGAUCUUAAAUUUGGCUGGUAUGCAUGUCUAUGGUAUGGGAAAGCUAAGAUACAUAAGAGUUUCUCAAAUCAGGGAGUCUGGGAGAAAUAUAAGAACUUGUUGGAAAGGAAAACUCCAUUGUGUUUAUUGCCAAUAGAAGCCAUUGCGAUGAAAAUAAUAAAUAUGGUCAGACAGUGGGUGACAUACAGAGAAUUCCUGGACUUUUCGGAGAAGGAACUCAGACUGAAGACAGUGAAAGAAAUAAAAAAACAAGUAGCAGAUUGGUUACAAUAUCACUGGGGAACAAUUUUUUUUUCAUUUUCUGUUGCAUGAGCUUUUUCAACUGUUCUUAUAUGUUCUUUCAAUGCUGAUUUCAAAUCUGAAAUUGAUUUUUGUGUACACGCUAUCAUUAACUUGCAAUUUCUGACUUUUGCUGAUAUAUCAUAUUUACACUUGGGAUAAGUGGACACUGACACGUUGAUCUACCCUAACCACAUGGUAAUUAUUGUUUCGCAAACUUGAUUUUUUUAAAUAUAGUUUUGUAACCUAAAUAUUUGUAUUUUUCAGAUCGGACCAUGGCUUCUUCAAAUAGACAAAAAUGUGUAAACAAGCCUGAUGCCUUUUGUUAUAUACCAUAUUUUUCGCUCCAUAGGGCGCACCGGACCAUAGGGCGCACCUAGUUUUUUUGGGGGGGGAAAUCAAGAAAAAAAAUCUUAUUUCACCCCCCAGCCCCAAAGAGCAGCAUACAGGCUGCGCAACAUCUCCCUUCCGGAGGGGUUGCGCGGGGCUAUGGCACAAGCCAAGGCAGUGAGUGGGAUGGAUCCCGCUCGCUGUUUUGACUUCCUCUUUAGCCCCACACAACCUCUCCCUGCCGGGAGAGGCUGCGCAGGGCUAAAGAAGCCAUAGCCCCGUGCAGCCUCCCUUUCGGAGGGGUUGCGCGUAGCUAUGGUACAAGCCAAGGCAGUGAGCGGGAUGGCUCCCGCUCGCUGUUUUGACUUCCUCUUUAGCCCCACACAACCUCUCCCUGCAGGGAGAGGCUGCGCAGGGCUAAGCAGCCAUAGCCCUGUGCAUCCUCUCCUUGCCGGAGGGGUUGCGCGUAGCUAUGGUGCAAGCCAAGGUAGUGAGCGGGAUGGAUCCCGCUCGCUGUUUUGACUUCCUCUUUAGCCCCACGCAACCUCUCCCUGCCGGGAGAGGCUGCGCGGGGCUAAAGAAGCCAUAGCCCCGUGCAGCCUCUCCCUGCCGGAGGGGCUGGGUGCAGCUAUCCCUGAAGCCUGGAGAGUGAGAGGGGUCGGUGUGCACCGACGCCUCUCGCUCUCCAGGCUUCAGUGAAAGCAACGCGACGCCUCCGGAGCACAGAGGGAGUGCUCCCUAUGUGCUUCGGAGGCUUAGCGUUGCUAUCGCUGAAGCCAAGGAGCCUGCAUUCGCACCAUAGGACGCACACACAUUUCCCCUCAAUUUUUUGAGGGGGAAAAGUGCGUCCUAUAGAGUGAAAAAUACGGUAUGUGACUGCUAUGCACUUCCUUGUCAAAGAUGCAAUAUAACAGCGUUUGUGAGGCAUGCCUAUAAAACCUAUUUUGAAAUUCCCCUGGGUGACCAAGACAAGAAAUGGGCUCCGCAUAUUGUUUGUCACAAUUGUGAGGAAAUGCUUAGAGACUGGACAAAAGGAAAACGGAAGAGUAUGCCUUUUGGGGUUCCCAUGGUUUGGCGAGAACCCAAGGAUCACACAAGUGACUGCUAUUUUUGUUUCCCAGUGGUAUCUACAAUUGUUAUUCAGGUACUUGGUAAAGCCUUUCUGUUGUCCAAGCAAGAAAUUGACCAUUUUGAGAUCCACACAGAUGACCCAGUUGUGCUCCUCACCAUGUUCACUUACUUCAAAUUCAGAAGAGACAAACCCCUUAAAACCUGGAAUUGGAGUUCCUCAGAGUGCGGGAUAGGUCUAAUUGCUGAAGGAAUACUGGGAUAGGCGACAGCAUGUUGGUUUUUCUUGCCAAUACCCUACGUAUUGACCAGACAAAAAUAGCAUAACAAAAGGCAUUAGGGUUGUUUACACAUUUUUGUCUACUUGAAGAAGCUAUGGUCCAAUCUGAAAAACACAAAUAUUUAGGUUACAAAACUAUAAAAAUUAAGAAAAAUUAAGUUUGCAAAACAAUAAUUACCAUGUGGUUAUGGUAGAUCAACGUGUCAGUCUCCACUUAUCCCCAGUGUAAAUAUGACAUUUCGGCAAAAGUCGGAAUUUGAAAGAUAACUAUAGCAUGUACAUGAAAAUCAAUUUCAGAUUUGAAAUCAGCAUUGAAAAAACAUAUAAGAACAGUUGAAAAAUAUGCAAAAGAAAAAUAAAUAAAAACAAAAAUUGUUCCCAAUGGAAUACAUUUUUUUUGCAUACCUCCAGCUGUACAUAGAUACACAUAAUUUUAAAUGCUAUACAUGUCAUGUUCAAUGUUAUAUAAGUCACAUUUAUACUCAUAUUGUACUACUUUGGCUAUGUGUUUAAUAAAAUAUUGAAUCCUUGCAUUGUGAAAAACAAAGAUUAUGGUGAAAAGUGAAAAACAUGAAUUGCAAAAAAACCUAGAGCUUACAGAACAAAACCAACUUCAGAUAUGAAAUCAGCACGUCAAAAUUAGGUUAGAACAACUGCAGGUGUCAAUGCAACAAAAAUUUUGUUCCCCAGUGUUAUCAAUUAAAUGAAUGGUUCAAGAUAGAUUUUAAAAAUGUUUUUUUGGACCAAAGCUCAGAAUUUGAGAGAAUCCUAUUAGAAAAUAAAUGAAAAAUUAUUAUCCAAAAUGUAUAAGUUGUUAUUGGAGUGGGAAACAAAAGAUGAGCUGGUAAAAUAAUCAGUGAUUCACUGGGCAAGAGAUAUAGGGCAUAAUAUUGAAUUUGACCGCUGGGAGAAACUAUGGAAGAAAGAUUUGAAAUUUACUGCGUGCUACACACUAAAAACCAUGUGAAAAUGAUACAUAGAUGGUAUAUAACUCCAAGCAGGUUAGCUAAGAUGUAUAAAUCUAAAUCUGAUAUGUAUUGGAAAUGCAGAGAAGUGGGAGGAACAUUUCUACAUAUGUGGUGGGCAUGCAGAUUAGUUAAGGGAUAUUGGGAAAUUAUAUACAGUCGUACCUGUUUUGCUGCCGGGAUCUGUUCCGGAGCCCCGGCCGCUAGCCAAAAUGGACACAGGGCAAAGCAUCACAUCUGCGCACACGUGUGGAGCAGUUUGCACUUCUGCGCAUGUGCGAUUUGGCGCUUCUGCGCAUGCGUGAGCGGCAAACCCGGAAGUAACCCGUUCCGGUACUUCCAGGUUUGCUGCGAACAUUCGCUGGACUGGACACUAGACAAGGCGCACGUUCGCGGGGGUAUUAAGGCAUAAUGAGAUGGAAAAAACAUUUUAGUUAGAAAAACAAUCACCCCCAAACCAGAAGCGUUUCUUUUGGGAAUGGUGCAGACAGAGGUACCCGGGAGCCAGAAAAACGUAUUUAUGUAUGCAAUUACAGCAGCUCGGAUUUUGUUAGCCCAAAACUAGAAGGUGAGAGAAGUUCCUAAGAAAGAGAAAUGGCAGCUCAAAAUGAUAGAAUAUGCAGAGUUAGCAGGCCUACAAGAGCAAGAAGGUCAAGUAUAUAAAGAAGAGUGGAAAAAUUUAAUGGAAUAUUUGGAAAAUAACUCGAAGCAAGUGAAAACACUAGCGGGAUUAAGGUAAAUUCAACAGUAGUGAGAUAUAAUUGGGGGGGGGGGCUAAAUUAAAUGGAUUUUUUUUUUAGAGUAUGCAGAUAUUGGAAAAUUUAAAGAACCAUGGAAGGGGAAGGAGGGAAGUCGAUGAAUGCAAGAUUACAAUGGUGGUUAUUUAUUGUAAACAAAAAUCUGCCCUUUUUCCUUAUGGGGUAUCCAAGAGCCCAUAUAGAGUCCUUAUGUAGGUUCCCUAUUGGUAGGAGAAAAUAACAGAGGCCAACCAGAGAAUAUUGAGAAGCAAAGCAGCUAGUAAGCCUGAUCUUUAUUGAUCUGUUGCAACAGGGUCCUCACUCACCACACGUAGGAGGAGGAAGAACCCAGAACAAUGGUGCGCAAGGUCUUAUAUAGACAUUUUAAAUUCCCUGCCCUGGAACUCAAGACCACCCCUCCAUACAUCAUACAUACAUCACAGAAGGGUUGUAAUCCAAGACCACCCCCCCAAGAUACAUCAUAACUACAUCACAGAAAGGGUGGUUUACAGCAAAAAUCUGAGUGGUUUGUUUACCAGGUUACCUGUUUAAUGUCUGCCAGGUUACCUGUUUAAUAGUCACUUGAUUGGAUUGCCUGGGGAGCCUGGCCAGUCUUUUGUAAUGUUAAAUACUUAGUUCCUGAGCCAGGCCACAGCCUCACACCCUAUUCAUAUCUUAAAUGUGCCCUUAAGACAGGAUUUGGGAAGGAAAAGAUAAUGGGGAGGCUUUUCCAUUUUCCUUUGACCUUGCAGAGAAAACAUUUGCUCAGUUUGGGAAUCAAAAUGGUUUCAGGUCGGUCUUCCUGUGCUGAUCUAUGUACAGUGCUUGGUUGUUACACUUAUGAACAUUUAACAUAUAUCUAAGACCUCAAAAUUCCUAUUACAUAUUUAAUGAUGAAAAUGUAUAUUUGAAAAUUUUCUAUAAAAAUCAUUUUUAAAAAUGAAUAAAGUCAAUUUUGUGUUAUUUUGCU